GAAGUUGCAGUCGCGCAGUACUAUCAUUAGAACAGCUGACCCGUGGACACAUGGAUGAUAAAGUAGACCCCGGAUCAGCUGUAAGGAGCUUACCUGCAGACAGGUAAACACCGCAGGAAGCUGUGUUUCUGCAGACAUGGUGGAGGUGUUUUCCGGGAGGACCAUCCUGAAUAAAGAGGGGGAAACAGUGGAUCCUGAGGAGGCUCUGAGGAACAAAGUGGUGGGGAUCUACUUUUCUGCAGGGUGGUGUCCGCCGUGUAGGGAUUUCACGCCCAUCCUGUGUGACUUCUACACGGAGCUGGUGGAGGAGAGGGAGCCUGCUGCUCAAUUUGAGAUCGUUUUCAUCUCCUCUGAUAAAUCUGCAGACGAUAUGGUGGAGUAUUACCACGACAUGCACGGAGACUGGCUGGCUCUGCCCUGGACGGACGACUACAAGAAUGAGUUGAAGCAGCGCUACAAGAUCACGGCGGUCCCUAAGCUGGUGAUCGUGAAGGAGAACGGAGACGUGAUCACGGAAAAAGGACGGAAACAGAUCCGAGACAAAGGGCUGUCGUGCUUUAGAACCUGGCUCGACGCCGCAGAGAUCUUCCAGAACUUUAAGGGGUAGAAAACAUCAAAACCAAAGUACAUAUAGUUCUACUUCCACUUCAUUCAGUGGCAUGACGAGGCAGCAGAGGGUCACAGGGAUUUGACAGAGCAAACUAUAUUUCUGGUACGAAAAAAUGCAGCUUUUUAAAAUUAAAUUCUGCUCAUUUUUUCAUUUUUGAGGAAAUUAAAAAGACAGUUUUCAGACUUAAACAAUUAAAUCUAUUUAUUUCUUAAUUUAUUUCCCAGAUGUAGAGGAAUUUACAAAUAUAUUGUGCGAAAUCAAACCAUUAAAUGAAAUAAAGUCAAUUAUUUUCUAUAUAUAUUUCCAAUUUCCAAAUCAAACCGUUAAAUUAUUAUUUUUAUUAAAAUCAAAAUCUGGAUAAACUGGAUUUUUCUAAAUACUUUUUAUGCACUAUACAAUUAUUAAAAGAAUACAAUUAAACAAGGAACAAUCUAACUUUGAAUGAAAUAAACCAAAAUCAUGCUUUAAUGAGGAAGUCUAUUUACGUGUUCAGUGACAGAUAUUAAUCCGCCCGACGACACUCGAAUAAAAAGUUAACAGGACAUUUUUUUAAAGGUCUCCUAUCAUACUGUUCUUCAUCAGUAUAUCACAGGUCUCAGAUAUAUACAGAGCCUGUCUCUGAUUGGCUGAAACACCAAACAGAUCAUUGCAGCAUUACCCAUAAUCCCCUCUGUUUCAGCCCUGUUUCCAAAGUGCUGAUUCUCUGUCUGUCACUUUAGAUGAAAAUAAGGAGCCCCUCCCCACGCCCCUCGGAGAGAGAUUUGGUUACAAAGAACUCAAUAGGCGCUUUCACACCGGAGUACUUUACCCAGUAUAUUUCCGAAAAUGUGCGUUCACACCAAAAAAAUCCGGAACUAGAAUUUAGUUAAUGACAACCUUUUUACCCCCUGUUCAGUCUCUGCUAGAGAGCAGGUACUUUCAUGGGAGAAAAAGGUUCCUAUUUUUGAUAGGAUUGCAAACCACGCCCCGUAAAACU